AUGACUUCGAAUAACACCAUGAACACUACCCACACUUCAUCUCCCAUCUCAUAUUCCAGUGUUGUUAACACGUUUAAACAACCAACAAAAGACGAAGCCAUAGUUCUUUCUAGUAUUGAAGGAACCAAAGUUCAAGAGUACAUCAUAGCCGUCGGCGUCGGUUCAAUAGUUGGUCCACGUAACGUAUCUUUCGCUUCCAGAAUCGCCAAUAAUAGAAUAUGUAUAUAUCUUUCUUCUAAAAAUAUGGUUGAUUCAUUGCUGCAUUCCCACAAAUAUGUCAAUAUAAAAGAAACUCAAGUAGAAAUAAGAAGAAUUAUCACUUCAGCUCAAAGACUGAUAAUAUCAAACGCUGGUCCUACUGUUCCAACCUCGUUAAUUGAACAAGAACUACGUAAAAUGGGUAUAAAUGCCGUCUCUAAAAUUACUUUUCUUAGGGUAGGAAUGCCUGAAAGCGAAUACAGCCAUGUCUUGGGUUUUAGAAUACAAACGUUUAUCAUACCUUUAGAAAAUAUGUCAAUUCCCGAUUCAUUCAUGAUCUCUCAUGAUAAUACCACUUACAGAUUAUACCUUUCUAUAGAAGGAUUCAACUGUUCAAAAUGCAAGAAUAUUGGUCACCAGGAAACAGAAUGCUCUGACAAUGCUAAUACAACCACUUCUAAUACAACCAAUCCUGACCCAACCAAUUCUAAUCCAACCACUUCUAAUACAACCAAUCCCGACCCAACCAAUUCUAAUCCAACCACUUCUAAUGCUCUUCCAGAAACCUCCCAAAACACACAAUCUACAACAAAUAUAUCUUAUAAUCAAACAGAACAAAAAUAUUCUGACAAAGCCUUAAUAUCCACCUCUAACGAACAUCCAGCAACUUCCCAAAACAUAUUAACUACAGUACAGGUCUCUAAUAGCCAAUUAGAACCUACCAUGGAAACUGAAGACACGUCAAGAUCUAUAAAUAAUACAAAUGAAACAAACACUUUAAAAAUCCCAACAUCAUCAACUUCUAACAAUAUCAGCAAUCCUACUCCAUUAGAAAUACCACAACCUCCAAUUAUUCCAAACGUCACCAAACAACUAAAAAGGCUCAUCUCAUAUUUUCCAGAAAUUAAUCAAAAUACCACACAGACUGAUUCACAGAUCUUCACUUCUCCUGUAGCAAGGAAAUCAAAGAAAAAGACAAAAACGUCAAAAAGAAAUUCUUGCGAAGAACUUUUGUUUUCUCUAGAGACAAUUAAAGACAAAAUUGCAAAUAGAUCACCACCAUUUGUCCUUAACUACGACGAAAUAUGUGAUUUUCUGGAAAACACACUAAACGCGAAACAUCCUGAAAUAACUUCAAAAGAUUAUUCAAACAAAACAACCGGACUAUUCAGAUCCUUAAUUUUGUUCACGCUUAUACCCACAACUCAAAGUUAA